CGGGCAUUGUGAGCUGUCAGGUGAGAGGUGACUGUCGGGAGCGGGUUAAUAAACCGCGGGCAGGGUUUACAAAUCCCGAGUGCGGCCCCAGAGCCGAAUAUUAAACAGUGAAUAUUCUCCACUCUCACUAUCCGCCGCUUCCGGCUUCUCUCCGGGAACAACCUCAAACAAAGAGACCAGGGGGAGACAGUGGCCUAGUGGGAAUGCCACUGGAUCAGAAAUUCAGAGGCCCAGGGUCAUGUUCUAGGGACAUGGGUUCAAAUCCGUUAAAUUAAUACAAUCUGGAAUAUAAAGAUAGUCUCAAUGAUGGUGACUGAGGCCCCUCUGAAAAAAUCUCCACACAGUCAGUGCUGGACACAAGGAUGUUAGAAGGAGGAUUUGCAGACCAGAAACUCAAACCAAACAUCACGUCAAGAUCUGACAGUCACUCCAUUCACCAGGAUCUGAAUAUCAUCGGCCUCUGAAUUUGGAAAGAGAAAUGUUUCUCCAUUCUGUCUGUGGGAAAAGAUUUCAAACAUCAGUGUAACUGAAAAAGCACUGAGACACACACACACCCAAUUGAGUGUUCCAGUGAACUAACUGAAAGAGCUUUAACCAAUUCGACAGCCUGAAAACCAUCACACCAUUCACAGCGGGAAGUGUACACGUGUUCUGUGUGAGCACAAGGCUUCAAUUGAUUAACCAACUUGGUGAGACACAGGGCUCCAGCUUUAUGGAGAAACUGUGGAAAUGUGAGGAUUGUGGGAAAGGGUUUAAUUAUCCAUCCCAUCUUGAAAUCCAUCGACGCAGUCACAUUGGGGCCGGCACCAUGGAGAAACCGUGGACAUGUGAGGACUGUGGUAAAGGAUUCUAUUACCCAUCCCUGCUGAAAAUCCAUCAACGCAUUCACACUGGGGAGAAGCCGUACACAUGCUCUGUGUGCGGGAAGGGAUUUACUCAAUUAGCCGGCCUCACAUUACACCAACGAGUUCACACGAAGGAGAGGCCAUUCACCUGCUUCGUGUGUGGGAAGGGAUUCACAAAUUCAUCCCAUCUGCUGACACAUCAGCUUAUUCACACUGAGGAGAAGCCAUUCAGCUGUACUUACUGUGGAAAGAGGUUCAGAUCUUCAGCCAACAUUAUUGCACACCAGCGAGUUCACACUGGGGAGAAGCCGUACACCUGCACCGUGUGUGGGGAGGAAUUUGCUCGGUUAUCCAGCCUCCAGUAUCACCAGGGAGUUCACACUCGGGAGAGGCCAUUCAGCUGCACUUCCUGUGGAAAGAAUUUCAGGUCUUCAUCCAACCUCAUUGAACACCAGCGAGGUCACACCGGGGAGAGGCCAAUCAUCUGCUCUGUGUGUGGGAAGGGAUUCACCAAGUCCUCCAACUUGGUGAUACACCAGCGAAUUCACACUGGGGAGAGACCGUUCACUUGCUCAGUGUGUGGAAAAGGGUUCACUGAGGCAGCUAAAGAGCGGAGGCACCAGCGAGUUCAUAAAUGACUGCAGGUCUUGGAUUCUGCAUUUAUUGCUGCUGUUAAUCACAUCCAGCAUUGAUAGUCUGACAAUAUUAGGAUGUGGGCGUCUCUGGCUGGGCCAGCAUUUAUUACCCAUCUCUAAUUGCCCUUGAGAAGGUGGCAGUAAGCGACUUCCUUGAACCACCGCAGUCUAUGUGUAAACCAACUGUCUGAGUAAAGGUUAAACAGGAUGUCCUAGGAUGUGAUGAGCCAUGAAAUGACUUCAUGGAUUUCUGAUGGAAACAGGAGCGAUUAACGUGAAUAUCUGUCCCUUGCUAAUGGACAAUUGAAUAAGUGAUUGACAAAAGACCCCCGGGAAUAAGGUAUAAGAACAAGCUUCUGAGAAGGAAAUCACUUCAGACAAGAAACAGCUUCUCAAAGUGAUCCAUGCUGGAUUUAGCCAAACACUUUGAGUCAAAGAGACUGAGAAAAGAUGAGACUGCUACCUCCAGCCACGGGGAUCAGCAUCCUUCUCAUCAGGGACCAGUAAACCAUUCCGAAGGGACUGCCACCUCCAGCCACGGAGAUCAGCAUCCCCCGAUCCGGGACCAGUAAACCAUUCCGAGGAGACUGUCACCUCCAGCCAUGGAGAUCAGCAUCCCCCUGAUCCGGGACCAGUAAACCAUUCCAAGGAGACUGCCACCUCCAGCCACGGAGAUCAGCAUCCCCCCUGCUUUUUCACCAUCCACUUGUCCAACCCGGGAUCAGUAAACCAUUCUCACCUGUUAUGGGUCGUAUGUCUUUUCUGUCUUUUUAACUGUUGUAUCAUGUCUAAACUGUUGCUUCUUAAUAAAAUGCUUUAAAAU